ACGUAGAUGCCGGGGCCCCGGGGAGCAGGAAAACUGGGGAGGGGGUUGUCGUGAAGGAUGGAUUAAAGAAGGGGCCCUUCACUAACAUUACUCUCUCAGCCUUGCCUUUGACCGAGCUUGUAGCGUGCACGCGCUUAGUAUGAGUGUGGGGCGCGCGCUGUGUAAGGCUGCUUUAUUGUGAGCUGGUUUGUUGAUUGUAAUGCAUAGAUGUUAGUCAUGGGUUCUUCCUGGGCGUGUGUAUUCCUAUGUGAGUGUUUGGGUGUAUGUGUGUUGGGGCUGGGUGUAGUGUGUGGAGCGUGUGGAUAUUAAGGUAUUAAGCACAUCAUGUAGGACUUGCCUCUGCUGUGUGUGUGUGUCCUUAAGUGUGAGUUUAUAGUGUGUUACUGUGUGUGCUGUCUUAUUAAAUGAACUGUGGGAAACGGUGUUCUCCUGUCCGUCUGUGCAGUCCUAUACCUGUGUGUAGGUCGUGUGUGUAUGGCAGUUUAUCUGUGAAUGAUGCCAUUUCUGUGAUAGCAAAUUUAAUUUGACCUUAUUCCCUUCUCCCUUGCCACCCUUUUACCUGUCCUCAUCCUUCUCACCUGCCCACCCUUAAUUACCUAUCUCCCUUUGCCUUGCUUCUUUAUCCAAUUUUUUGACCUCACCAUCCUCACCCUUCCAAUAUGAAGCGCUGUAAGUCAGACGACUUGCAAUCUGAGGAAGUGGGUACACAGGAUGCCCAACCACUCAUUCCCAUGGAGGUGCGAGGCACAGACAGCCCUGCCCAAGGGGACCUGGGAUCUGCUGGUACAGCUAUCAGCCAAGGUCCCCCAUCCAUCACCCGUAACAAGCCGCCAGAUCUUAAGAAGAUCCAGCAGCUUUCUGAAAGCUCUAUGUUUGGGCAUGGACUGAAGCAUCUUUUCCACAGCAGAAGGAGAUCCAGAGAGCGUGAUCACCAGGCUGCUUCAGAACCCCUAGUCUUGUGUUCAACUCCAGGUUCUUCAACACCUCAGAUUCAAACUGCUGCUCCACUUUCUUCAUCUGACCACGAUUCUGCUGAUGAAAAGGAACGUUCUCCAGAGAUGCACCGUGUGUCAUAUGCAGUGUCACUUCAUGAUCUCCCUGCUAGACCUACUGCCUUCAACCGUGUCCUGCAGCAAAUACGAUCCCGCCCUUCUGUCAAACGAGGGUCUGGACAGCAUGGAGGUGGUCGUCGGAGCAAAAGUGGCCCUGGAGACACUGCUCACCAUCAACAUCAUCUACCAUUGCGAGGAGGUAGCCCCCAUCUUCCAAGACGACCUUCACCACUGGAUGGGGGUCUUGCUGCUGUGCUUUACCAUCACCAGGGCCGCCCAAGAUCUUCAUCCACCACUGAUGCUGCUUUAUUGGCUUCCAGUGACACAAGUGGAGCUGGGGUGCUAGCACACGAGGACCAGGACAGAGCAGGAGAAAAGCAGCAACUCGACAAAGGGGACCUGAGCACCCUGAGUCUGCCUCCCAGCACAGUCCAUGGAGGCUCAGAUGGAAACAUCAGCCUGGAAGUCCCAGAGGGAGCGCCUGACCCUCAACGCACAAAGGCAGCCAUGGAUCAUCUGCAUCAGAAGAUCCUAAAAAUCACAGAACAGAUCAAAAUUGAGCAGGAAGCAAGAGAUGACAAUGUGGCUGAGUAUCUGAAACUGGCAAAUAAUGCAGACCGCCAACAGGCCUACCGCAUCAAACAGGUUUUUGAAAAGAAGAAUCAAAAGUCUGCUCAGACUAUUGCCCAUCUGCAUAAAAAAUUAGAGCAUUAUCACAAGAAGUUGAAGGAGAUCGAGCAGAAUGGCAUUUCCCGUCAGCCCAAAGAUGUACUUAGAGAUAUGCAACAGGGCCUAAAAGACGUGGGAGCCAAUGUGCGAGCAGGCAUCAGUGGUUUUGGGGGAGGCGUGGUUGAGGGUGUGAAGGGAGGACUUUCUGGCUUGUCUCAAGUCACUCACACUGCAGUGGUUUCAAAGCCCCGUGAAUUUGCUAGCCUUAUACGGAAUAAAUUCGGCAGUGCUGACAACAUCCCUCAUCUUAAGGAUGGUCUAGAAGAAGAUGGGGAAGGACAAGGUGGAAACCGGGCACUCAGUGGAAGUGCUACACUAGCACCUAGUCCCAAAUAUGGCAGCGAUGAUGAGUGUUCUAGUGCUACCUCUGGGUCAGCUGGAGGAGGGAGUAAUUCUGGGGCAGGACCAGCAGGACCUGGGAGUCCCAGGUCUAAUACUCUGGAUGCUCAUCAUCAUGGACACCAUGGGGGGUUUGAUGCUAUUCUUGAGGAGCUGUGUGAGAUCAAAGAUGGUCAGAGCCACAUAGAGGACUCAAUGGAAGACUUAAAGUCACAAUUGCAGCGGGAUUACAGCUAUAUGACACGGUGUCUUCAGGAAGAACGCUACAGGUAUGAACGACUGGAAGAGCAGCUGAAUGACCUGACAGAGCUUCACCAGAAUGAAAUGACUCUGCUGAAGCAGGAGCUUGCAAGCAUGGAGGAAAAAGUAGCGUAUCAAUCAUAUGAGCGAGCCAGGGACAUUCAGGAAGCUGUGGAAUCUUGUCUCACCCGAAUAACUAAACUUGAACUACAACAGCAGCAGCAACAAGUGGUUCAGCUGGAGGGGGUGGAAAAUGCCAAUGCUCGGGCUCUCCUUGGGAAGUUCAUCAAUGUGUUGCUGGCACUGAUGGCUGUACUACUAGUUUUUGUGUCCACAGCAGCCAGCUUUAUUACUCCUCUGGUGAAAACUCGAUUGCGCCUCCUCUCUUCACUGCUCUUCCUCCUUUCUCUCCUAACGCUUUGGAGGCACUGGGACUGUGUCACGUCCUUUCUUGAACAUGUACUCGUACCCAGCUGAUACCCCUCCUUCAUUCCUUAAACCUGCAAACAUAUCCUCUUCUCUGUUCAUGGACAGAGCAAGAGGCAGGCUUGGAGAAAAAAUUCUGCUCAGUGCUAACUUAAUAUACUUACAUAAAUAUCAGUUCGGAACUGUUUAUGCAUAUCUUUAUAAAUCUUUAUAGAGCUUCUUAUUUAAAAAGGGGCAGGUAUUUGCCAGUUUUGCCCCUACACUCUGCAGGAGAAUGGGGUCUUUCAGAGGUAUUUGAGUUUGCUGAAAGGAAGGAAGAAUGACUUUUAGUUGAAGAAGAACAUACAAAAAGUGUGGCAGAUGUUACAUUAUGAAUGUUCAACUGGGUGUUUUAGCACAUUGCUCUGCAGAAAGUGAUAUUCUUCAAAAUGACUAAGAAAAAAUUGCUCUCACAAGCAUUGCUCUGCAUGAUAGAUAUGUGGUACUGCCCUUUUUUGUUAGCCAUUUAUUCUCUGAAUAAUGUGCAGUGCUCUGCGUCAUGGGAAGCAAUCAUGCAGUGCAAGGUGUUGCAACAUCAAGUAUAGUUGAGGUUAAGGCUCUGUAACAUAAAUUAUAAACAGAAUUCGGAGCUAUCUCUUACAAGGUCCACUCUCCGGCACCUACUACACAAGGACAAGCAAAAAAACUGAUAUUGGGUGGUGGAGUUACUUGAGGGGCCUACAUUUUUUUUUGUAAAAAGUCUGCAAUUCCAGGGUGAGUAGCAACAAUGGACAAGUUAUAGCUCAACUACUAAUGAAGGAGAAAUAGGAAGACAUUGCUAUAAAAAUAUAUUUGUUUUUAUUAUGCAAUAAUUAUGAUCUGUGCACUUAAAGUUAGCAAGCAUUGUGUCAUAAACGACAACGCAACAUAAGCUGGGAUUGAAAAAUCAGUAUACUUUUUAUCUAUACAUUUUUUUCUCCUUAAGAAUGGGUUUUAAAAACACUUGUAUGUGUCAUAUGAGUCAUCAAAUUUUUAUUUUGUAGGUUAAUUUGAUGGAGAAAAAAAUUGCAUGGGAUUUGUUUUUAACAGAAUGCCGAAUCCAACAGGAGUGAAAUUGCUAUCUUUUACUGUGGCCCUUCUAAAGUGCAUAACCGUCAAGCAAAGUUAAGCAACGUAUAAAUUGCAGUUAAAGCACUAUAUGUACAAGCAAGAGUAGCAUACGUUUUCUGUGACUAGGCUUUGCACAUAACCUAAAAAAAUCUUAGCUAUUCCACAAAAUUAUUAGUUGGGAUGCUUAUACUUUAUUGUCACUGGUCACAGAUAUAGAAAAGGGGCCAUAUUGGCUCAUAUAAUGAGUGUGUAGUCACCAGUUUGUUCAUGAAAACCAUUUGAUGCAUGCUCCCCACUGAAUCUCAUUUCACAAUGUUGUUGAGCAAAAAACAAACCACUCCAGACAUUAAACCUUACAUAACUGGCCUGUGUGAUUCUGUCCUUAUUGUGUUUAGGAUACCUUUUUUUCUGUGAGCAGAUAUCAGUAUAAGAUAUGCAUACAUAUCAGAGGUGAGGGUGUUUCUGAGCCAGCCCACACAGCCAUACUUUGAACAUGUUAUUAUUAUUUUUUUUAACAUGUAUUUUUAGAGCGCCAACAUAUUGCGCAGCGCUGAUUUUGUGUGCAUUAAAUUUAAUGUCUGAGAACUUUUCUUGGCCCACCAGAUACUGUAACAAAGAGUAUCACAAGGCAAGGUGUGUAUGUAUCACAUUCUCUUGCUUCUGUGUGGAAAUAAAAUUUAUACAUUUCAACAUU